AACCUCACACUAUUGGUCAGCAAACGCACUUUACCGAAACACUUCCUGCAAUGCUUUAUGGCAGAGAAAUAUCAAUGAGAAAUAUAGAUAACGGCGUUGUCUGGUAAACAAACAAAAAAAACUUCUAUUUAAGUUGCAGAUGUGGAGCAGGAUAUUGAGUCCUCGUGUGAUUGGUAGAACAGGUUUCUGUUGGAGGAGUCUUUUCACCAUGCAGCUGAAGACCAGUGAGUUCCAGUCUCUGUUCACUGAUGGGCUGAGUGGAUUAGCAGAGGUGUUUGAGAAGCAGCAGCAUGAGCUGAGGAUAGCUGGAGGUGCCGUACGAGACCUGCUGUCUGGGAAGCGGCCUGAAGAUGUGGACUUUGCCACCACAGCCACUCCAGAGGAGAUGAAGCGAAUGUUCCAAACAGCUGGCAUCCGGAUGAUCAACAAUAAAGGAGAGAAGCAUGGGACCAUAACAGCAAGACUACACAAUGAGAACUUUGAGGUGACCACGUUGCGAGUGGAUGUUCAGACAGAUGGACGUCAUGCAGAGGUGGAAUUCACCACUGACUGGCAGAAAGACGCUGAGCGGAGAGACCUCACCAUCAAUUCCAUGUUUUUAGGGCUUGAUGGCACAUUAUAUGACUAUUUCAAAGGAUACGAAGACCUGCAGAACCGAAAAGUUCGGUUUGUUGGCAGUGCUGAACAAAGAAUCCAAGAGGACUACUUGAGGAUACUGCGUUAUUUCAGGUUCUACGGCAGGGUGGCCCUGGCGCCAGAUGACCAUGAGCCUGAGACGCUGGUUGCUAUUAGGGAAAAUGGUCGUGGACUUGCAGCUAUAUCGGGAGAACGGAUUUGUGUGGAACUAAAGAAGAUGGUUGUUGGUAACCAUGCUGAUCAUCUGCUGGAGCUGAUGUACAGUCUGGAACUGGCCCAGUACAUAGGUUUACCUCCAGAUGGCGAUGUUGAGGAGAUGAAGCGAGUAUGGCAGAACGCCAAAGACCACUCUCCCAAACCUAUGACCAUCCUGGCUGCUCUCUUCCGCCGCCCAGAGGAGGUGGAAAAGAUGGACCUCCGGCUGAAGGUGUCCAGGGAGGAGAAGACUUUGGCUCUGUUCUUGGUCAAAUACAGACGGGAGCUCCGCAAGAGCGAAGAUGACCCUGACAGCCUUAAACCCUUCACUGACUUCAUCAUCGACAGUCGGGAGCUGGAUUCCCAGAGUAAAGUGUGUGAGCUAUUGAAGUAUCAAGGUGAGGAGAAACUGCUGGCGGAGCUCUGCAGGUGGUCCAUCCCUCGCUUCCCCGUCAGUGGUCACGACCUGAGGAGGAUGGGGGUCACGUCGGGCAAGGAGAUAGGUGCCACCUUACAGGAGCUCCGCGACAUCUGGAAGAAAAGUCGCUAUCAGAUGGACAAAGAUGAACUCCUAAGUUACGUAAAGUCUUAAAUGAGGAGAAAAGUGGAUGGGUUUUUGUGUCGGACAAUAAUGAUCUGGACACUUACCGCUGUAAUCGUGUUGCUCACAGGUAUUGAUUGAGCAGACUGCUGCACAUUGUUGAGAAAGGACAUUACAAGAACUGAAACAUGCAUGGCCACUGAUGACUGCAAUUUCAUAUUAAAUUAGCCCAAUACCACUUUUGUUCUCCUGCAUCACCAGGGGUUAAAGUGGGAUCUGGCAGAACAAAUGUUACACUUUAAAGUUUCUUACUGCUUUUAAAGUCUCUAUCCACUACUCGGUACUUAAAGAAAACUCACUUUUAAAGCUGUUAAACCUGUUACUCCCAUUAUUUCCUUAUUCCAAAACAGUGGUGAUGAAAAUCAGGAGCAAUUGAGUUUUCAUCAAAACAACAUUUUGACUGACUAUUAACUGCAUCCCAAAUUAAUCAGAGCACCCAAGGCCAAAUUGCAUCCCAAGGUACCAUUUGACCGGUUGCUGAAAAGCAUUUAAAGGCUGUUUUAUCUAACAGUCACUCCACAUAAAACACACUGGGGCUACAUUCACUCCAGCUAACUCGGUGUCACAGCUGCGACCAUAUAAGAGAAUGUACUACUAGACAAUGACUGCUGAUCAUAUGUGUUAUUACAGAGCUCUAUGAAAUUCCUUAGAUAAACAGCUGUUCUACCGAUUCUCAGUUGCUAUAGUAAAUUAUAAAUUUCAUCGUUAAAACCAUAAUGGAAAGCAGCAGUAUGGUUUUGAUUGUUUUAGUUUUCUCCUCGGUUUAACUGCAGUAUUUCUUUGCCAUGUUUUCUGAACAGAAAAUGCUCUAUAAAAAGGUUCUACUUUU